AUGAUCCACGACCGACAAGAUUCAGGAUACAGCACCGAAUUCCCAUCGCCUGACGGCAAACCAGUCGAGUCCACACAAAUUGGGCGCCUCAGCGCCAACGGGAAGAGCCGUUCCGUCCCGUCUGCCCCCACGCCCAUCGCUGGCCUCGCCGAAUUUGACAAGAGUGUCGACAAUGCCACACUCUCCCGCUUCCGUCAUGUGCACUUGCUGCUUGAGAAGCCGCUGCUGGAGUAUAUCCGCGGCUCGAUUCGCAAGAAAAACUGUCCGAUUUCCAUACGGCUGAUGGUCCUGGGACGCUCCGAAGAUGAUGCGAAGCCGUGCAUCGUCGUCUUGUGUCCGGAGCAGCAAUCGAAAAAGGUCAGGAAGUUUUUCGACAAGAAAUCCGUCAGGACUUUGCGUUUGCCUGAAGACGGUCAGCCCUCGUUCGAGGUUUUCGUCGUCGGCCGAGCGCCAGAGACGAAACAGGCAGACGGAGACAUUGACGUCCUCAUUCCCAUCGUUGGCGGGAGCGAGGGUUAUACAAACGAGACAUACUGCGGAGCGCCCAUAAUAAUCCGGCAGACUUCCGGUGUCGACAAAAGGUGCACCUUCGGUGGUGUCAUAAAGGCUGCUUGGCCGAAUGGAGAGGUUAAGCUAUACGGGCUAACUGUUGGCCAUGUACUUCUGAGCGACUUGGGGGAUGAUCUGACGCUCAGCACGGAGAGCGACCAGGCCAGGCGUUCCGAGGACUGGGCGUUCGAGUUUUCGGACUCUGAUAGCGAGGACGAGUCCGGUGAUUCGACUGAAGAGGAGUCGGAUGAUGAGGCUCAAUCAUUCUCUGUGAUGGAUGAACUCCAGUUGGCUUUGGUAGACGCCAGUGCGUCUUGGACGGCCCUCGAGUUGGGCAAGAUAGGCUCCAUUUCAAAGGACUCACCCCAAUAUCGACCGGCAGCAACCGACACAAAGUACGGUGAGCCAGAGGCUUACUAUGACUGGGCUCUUAUCGAUAUGGUCAGCUACAAGCCGAACCUCAUUCGACCGAGGAAGUUGCCAUACGGCGAGGUUCAGGAAGACGGAGCCUUCAAGUCUGGGAAUCACGAGCUCGUGAUGGCCACCUCGCCGUCUACUAGUCAUGGCAAGAGACAGUCAGUCGUCCUUGUAAGCGGAUCAGAAGGACUGAAGCGGGGAUCUCUGUCGGCUCUGCCUUCGAGACUCCUUCUAGGCCCUGGAGAAGAGUUUGUCGACGCACUCAUCCUAAACCUUGACAGCGAUAAGCAAAUUCUCGAUGGAGACUCAGGGUCAUGGGUGGUCAACGAGAGCACCCUUGAGGUGUAUGGCUACGUCGUUGCUGCUGAUGCAUUUGGCGGAGGCUACAUUAUUCCACUAGUUGACGCAUUCCGCAAUAUCACAGACACUCUGAGGUGUCAAUCUGUCGAUCUGGCUACGACAAUAGAUAUGGCAAGUGCCAAACUUGGGCGUAUAUUCGACAUGAACGGCGAACCAGCAGCCAUGAUAGCCCCCAUCUUUUCCGAGAAUUCUGCGCUGCAAAGCCCACCUACCGUCUCCUAUACCUCUACCCCAGCUACCAAUCUCUCCAUUGCUUCUAGUAUCUCCUGUGCCUCCACCCCAGCUACCAAUCUGUCCAUGACCUCUAACUACGACGGCCCCCUAACUUUCGUAGGUUAUCCCGAAAAUCACUUCAUGUUUCCUACCUUUGCCCAGGAGAAGCUCUUUGUCCAUCCUAAAAUCCACCCGGAUGACGACCUCGAGCCCCCUCCGAGCCCCAAGACGGGCGGCUCUUACACGGUAUCGCCUGCUGGCCACAAGAGCUCCGAUGACGGUUCCAACAACAUCUCAAGACCUAGAACCCCCGAAGUCAUUGAGCGCGCCGAGGAUGAUACUGCCCUUUCUAGCAGGCCGUCGCGCCAUGUCGACUACUUGUCCUAUGACUGGAAGGAGGAGGACAUCUGGUCCUCCUGGAGAUACAUUGUUACUCGGCGCGGUGAGUUUGCCAAUAGCGGGCGAUUGGAAAACGCUUCCUGGAGGACAUGGAUGAAGGUGAAAAACAACCUAAAGACCGUUUCGCCUGAAUCCCUUAAUUGGCUCAAGGAUUGCGAUAUUACUUGGCUGUACGGCCCCCUGAAAUCAGCGACCAAGCCCAUUCACGAUGCCCACACAGAGGUCUCAAGCGACUCAUUAUCCAAGACGGACCCGCGGGUCGAUCUCAACAAGAAGCCGAUCCUCAAGAAGAGGAGCAUGUCUCAGGUCAUGCUUCAGAGGUCAAUUUCCAGUACCUCUCUACUAAAGCAAGCUGCAGCGGCUGUCCAGACCCAAGAAGCACGAGGUAUGAUGCGUCCCAGCAACAACAGGCGCGGAACCCUCGAUUACUUCGCCUACCCCUCCCCUUCAAGGGGAAUGAAUGGGGAAAGCCGCGAACCAGAAACCUCGACAGAGUCUUCUGCAAUUACAUCACCUAGUGCUGAGCGGAAGCACAUUCAAUUCAACGAGCAAGUUGAGCAGUAUAUGGCUGUUGAUGUCAAGGCCAUGGAGGUGGACUCAGAUUGCUACGGUGACGACAGAGAUUCAGAUGAUGAUGUUAUGGUGAAGCGGGUCGAGACCAAGAAGCAAUCCAUCCUCAGGACGCGAGUUGCCAAGCCAAAGUCAACGGAGGGCAAGACCAUUGCUAAGCUUCCCUCAACGACCCUUAAAUACCGCGAGGAUACACUUGAUCCCAAGGAGACAGCUACGAAGCACUUACACAGCCCACCCCUAUCUCCAUCGUCCUCACAAGAGACAUUACGACCAGCAGAUUUAUAUGGAGAGUUAUUCUUUGGAGACGAUAACGAUGAGGAGCAGGGCUUGGAUGAUGCACUCCUGAGCCCCCCCUCGGGUUGGGCAUCUAAUUCUAGUGUUGAUGGUGUGGACACGUUGUAA